GUGAAGCCCAUCAUGGUUGAGCUUCCCAUCUCUCCACCAGUGAAGCCCAUUGUGGCUGAGCUGCCCAUCUCUCCACUAGUGAAGCCUGUCAUGUUUGAGUUGCCCAUCUCUUCACCAGUGGAGCCCAUCGUGGCUGAGCUGCCCAUCUCUCCACUAGUGAAGCCUGUCAUGUUUGAGCUUCCCAUCUCUUCACCAGUGAAGCCUGUCAUGUUUGAGCUGCCCAUCUCUUCACCAGUGGAGCCCAUAGUGGUUGAACUGCCCAUCUCUCCAGUGGUAGCUGAGUCUCUUCAGAGAUUUGAGAAAAAUAAGCAGCUGAAGGGUCUGAAACAGCAACAUAAAAAAAGACAAAAAGACAUGGAAACUUCAGUUCCACAGGCCAAAACUACUCCACCUCCUCCCUGCCUAUCGGAUUAUUUCCCUCCACCACAGGGAGGCCAAGGGGCACAGGAUUUCUUCAAUUAACCUCCACCACAGGGAUGCCAAAAGGCACAGGAUUGCUUUAAUUCACCUCCACCACAGGGAUGCCAAGGGGCACAGGAUUUCUUUAAUUCACCUCCACCACAGGGAUGCCAAAGGGCACAGGAUUUCUUCCAUUCACCUCCACCACAGGGAAGCCAAGG